AUGAUGAAAUAUCAAGCAAUAUUAACAGAAAAAGAUGAUGUGAGUUUGAAAACUACAAACUUGUUGAAUCCAGCAGCUUUUCUAGGAACUGAUCUAGAAGAAGGAACCCUUGAACAUAACUGUAUAGAGGUUAUCGAACAUACAUAUGCAACCAGGACAGACUUGAAAGACGUACCUUUUGAGCAACCAGACUGGGAACUUUUCACAGAUGGAAGCAGUUUUGUGGAGAAUGGGACACGGUAUGCAGGAUAUGCUGUGACAACGCCACAGGAGGUAACUGAAGCAAAAGCAUUGCCUCCUGGAACAUCAGCUCAACGGGCGGAACUGAUUGCUCCCAUAAGAGCAUUAGAACUGAGUGAUGACAAAAGGGUAAAUGUAUGGACUGAUUCAAAAUAUGCAUUUGGUGUGGUACAUAUACAUGGAGCAUUAUGGAAGGAACCGGGACUGUUGUCUUCACAGGGAACUAAUAUAAAAUAUCAGAAAGAGAUUUUGGAAUUAAUAAUUGCAGUGCAAAAACGUAAACAGGUGGCUGUUAUGCAUUGCAAAGCACACCAAGGAGGAAUUCCAAAGAUAUCUGAAGGAAAUACAUUGGCAGAUCAAACAGCCCGACAAAUAGCCUGGAAGGUAUGGAAUAUGAUGGCCUUGACACCUCUUAAGGUAAGCCCACUCCAUACAUAUCUUUCAGAAAACCCAAAAUACUCGAAAGAAGAUGAAAAGUUGGCAGGACUUUUAAAGGCUCAAAGAAUUCUGAAGGGUGGUAUACGACAACAACUGGGCAAGUAACAGUACCCCCAGCAAUAAUGCGAAAAAUUCUGCAAACUGAACAUCAGAAAUGCCAUUGAGGUGCAGAAGCACUGGUAACUUAUUUAAGACAAGGAAUAAUUUCCACACAGAUGAUAACUAUGGCAAAAUCAG